AUGUCGGCACAUCAUCGUGGCCUGCCUCCCCCGGCGGCCAUGACUUUGCCGCCCCAGCCGCCUCACGCAAGCUCGGCUCCUCCUCCGCCACCUCCUCCGGCGCCCCAAUCCAUCGGCCAAGCUCAAUCUAGCCAUGGCCACCUGAUGGGCCAGCUACCUGGACCACCGCCGCAGUGGCAAGGCGCCGAGGAUUCCAUGAGGAGCUGGCUGGCAGCAAAGACUGAAGAAGAGCGCAGGAGACAGGAAGAGGAGAAGACGAGGCAAGAGACUCUGCGUCUAGAGCAACGGCGCAUCGAGGCCGACAUGCUACGAACCUCGCUGAGCGGCGGAAUCCCCCCGCCCAUCGUCCCUCUUGUCUUUGCCGGAAUGGGAGGCGGUGUUCCUCCUGCGGCUCUGGAAUGGGCACAGCAAUUUCUCGCCCAGCAGGGACAGCCUCAGCACCCCCAGCUGCUGCCUUCUCAAGGUCCUCUUUCGCCCGAGCAUCGCCGCGAUUCUCAGUCCCAGCCCUAUGGUCAAUAUACGGGCGUCCCUUCGACCCCAAGCUCCGCCCCCGGACCUCACGGAUUCCCCGCCUAUCCGGGCUCUCCCCAGCGGGGAAGGGCAACGACUUUGUCCUCGACCGGUUCAGUGUCUCGGCCACUGGGAUCUAGCAACCUUCCCAGCCUUAACACGAACGUCCCCCAUUCUGGCCCACCAGGCCCGUCGGCACUGCAGAGCCACCAGCACGCAGCAGCGCAGUCUGCGCAGUCUCAACAAGAGGCCCAGCCGAGCCCGUCCAUCUACUUUCACCACUGGCACCCGCCGACAUCCCAAGCCGGAGGUGGCUCUACUCAGCCUGCGACACCCUCCGGUGCGUCCAGCAAGACCAAACGAAAGAGAGAGUCGCUUUAG